CGAUUUGUGAUUUAAUUGAAACUCCCAAAAAUAACAACAAAAGCGUUUAGGCCUUGGGGAUUUAUUACGUAAUGGAUUUAAAAUUAGCAUCAGCAGCCACAGUAGCAGCAGCCGCCGCACCAAUACCAACAACAGAGAGCGCAGUAUGGAUAUGCAUUUAAACAAUGAAAAUGAUCAAGUAAAACUGAAAAACCAACAACUAGCAGCCUAAGCAACAUUAUAGAGUGGAGCAACAAGCAACUUAAUUUUAGGACUUAGAGCAAACAAUAAGCUGUGGUAAAAAAAUGCAUGGACAACAUCAUCAACAAGUGCGGCAACAAUCAGCUACGCUGGCAGCAGCGCGCCCCGAUUACGUCAACAUGAAGGCAGCGACCAAUCAGCAGCAGCAACAUCAACACCAACAGCAGCAACACCAGCAGCAGCAGCAACAGCAAACAACAGCCAUUGCCAAUCAUCAUCAGCAUCAGCAGCAGCAGCAGCAACAAUUGUCACCGCAUCAGCAACAUCAGCAACACUUGCAUCAUCAGCAACAUCUGCAGCACCAACAACAACAGCAACAGCAACAUCCACACACCUACCAACCCACACACGCCAAGUUGUCGCGUCGUUGCGCACCGCCUCCCCCGCCGCCGCGGUCGACCUCUCCCCAGCGAUCACAGCGCAGUCGCAGCGCCUCACCCGACGGCACACAGGACUACGAUGUGACACGCAUGCGUGAGGAGGACUUUGAACGCCUGGCCGUGUAUCUUGUGCCGGACGUUCAAUGCGAGCGUGGACUGCCAAAUCGAGCGGAUAAAACGCUGCCGCGCAGCCUCACGCUCAAAUCAUCGAUGGUCUACUCAACGCCAAAUGUUAAGACUGAAGGAGUUUGGAGCAGCGGCGUCAUACCGCGUGGCACACGCUUUGGCCCAUUCGAAGGCAUUCCAACCUCAAACUAUCCAAAUGAUAAGAAUAAGGCGCGCUAUUUUUGGCGGGUGCAGGGAACACGCCACAUAACCUACGGGAAUAUUAAGAUCUUCAAGGACGAUGACUACUAUUAUCUGGAUGGCUCUGAUCGCUCGCAGUCGAACUGGAUGCGUUAUGUGGCCUCCGCCUACAGUCUAUCGGUGAUGAAUCUGGUUGCCUGCCAGCACCAGGAGAACAUCUACUUCUACACCACCCGCGACAUUCUGCCCAACGAGGAGCUAAUGGUCUGGUACUGCAAGGAUUUUGCCAGUCGUCUCGGCUACGAUGUGGAUCCGGAGCGUACUAUUUUCGGCGCUUGCAAGCAGGAUGCCGAGGAGGAUGAGGACGAUGAGUUGCCUCCGCACAAGAAGGCCAGUUACUGCAUGCCUGCGCCCGAGAUUCCAGCCGAGGUGGCUGUCAGUCACAUCACGUACGUCAUGGGGUUACAUCUGCCUGUCGUGGGUGGCAGCGCGGGAGCAGCAACGGCGCCGAAUGCCUCCAGUACCACUCAGUGCUGUCGACGCGGCAGUCCACCCACGCAUGUUUCCACCACCACCAGCACGACCAGCACUACGCAUCACCCGCACAUCCAGCAUGGCCGCCAUCAGGCACUGCACCAGAGUAGCGUUCUACAGCUGAAGCAAGAGCAUGCUUCGGUCAUCAUGGGCCAGGCCCAGGAUCGGUCGCCUGUGAACAGUGAGUGCGGCAAGGAGGCGGCUGGUUCGCCCAUCUCCAACAAGGAUGCGCACUACGAGCAUCAGCUGACGCCGCAGGACGGCAGCGUGCGCUCGGUGCGUUCCGAUGAGGGUUACCACAGCAACGAGUGCCAGGAGGAUGUCUUGACCCCGCCAGAGGACUCAAGCGAUAGCGAAAGCGAGCACAAUUAUGUGCUCGACUGUUCGAAGAAGGCGAUUGCUCCCAAGGAGACGGUCAUUGCGCAGGCGCAGAAGCCCAGCAGCACUCCCCCCGCAGCUGCCCCAGCCGUUGUUGUAACGAGCGUGGAGAGCGAUAAGAAUGAGUAUCGCAAGUUUAAGGUGAAAAUGCCGCUUAAGUACGAGUUCAAGAACAAGAGCUGCGUGAAGACAGAGCCCAUCAAGGAGACGGUGGUAGAGGAACAGCUGGUGCUGGGACAUGGUGCCACCUCAGCCAUGGAGGAGGAGGAACUGCGUGAGAUGCACACAGCAGUUGAGGAGUCUGCCUGUCCGCCAACUACCACCACAAGCCUCGGAGAAGAGCACCUGGAAGCGGCGGUGCCACUGCAGGCGGCAACCACAACAACACAGCCAGCGUCCAGCACUGUGAUUGUGUUGGAGCACCAGGCGGGAGGCCAAACCCGCACCAUUGUGCCGCUGAGCAAGCCCUACUAUGAGGCGGAGUUGGGAGCGCCACCCACCAAUCAAAGCAAUCAUGCCAUGGCCUAUGUGCGCUUCCCCCAGCCCUCGUCCAGCAUCCUGGAGACCAUACUGACCAGUCAGCAUCGACUUGAAGCUGCUGCGGCAGCGGCUAAUGCCUGUAGGCAGGCCAAUGCGGCUACACCACCACCUACAUCGCCAACAGAGAUGGCGUACUCGUACAAGAAAUCUCAGCGAUACGGAAAUGCUGUCAGUCCUGACUCUAGCUCCAAUCUGGGACAGUCGCAGGAGCUUGUGGCCGGUGUCAACGAGCCGGAACUGAGUUUGGCUGCCAGCCGUGGUCUCAUCAAAGGCGAAUGCUCACCACCACCGCCCUCACAUCAUCACCACAAUGUCAUAUUCUCGCCCUCACGCGCCCAUGUCGCGUAUAUGGGCAGUGAUGGUGGUCCCCACUCACCCUCGCCCACUUAUGCUGGCUACUCACCCUACUCCAGUGGUGGAGGCGGUGGUGCACAGGUCUUGCAUGCAGCCACCUCCACCUUUCAUUCGCCGCCCCACAGCUCCCACUCGCCCUUCGAUCGCCAGUCGAACGCGUCGAGUGGUGGUUCGACUUCAAAUCUGCAUCUGCUGCAGAGCAGCACGCAAGUGCUGAACCACCCACUGAUGCAACCACUCACACCACUGCAGCGUCUCUCUCCACUACGCAUCUCGCCGCCCAGCAGCCUCAGCCCAGAUGGCAAUUCCUGUCCAAGGAGCGGCAGUCCCCUCAGUCCGAAUUCGCUGGCCUCACGCGGCUACCGUUCGCUGCCGUAUCCCCUGAAGAAGAAGGAUGGGAAGAUGCACUACGAGUGCAAUGUGUGCUGUAAGACCUUCGGCCAGCUGAGCAACCUGAAGGUUCAUUUGCGCACGCACUCGGGCGAGCGUCCGUUCAAGUGCAACGUCUGCACGAAGAGCUUCACGCAGCUGGCGCAUCUGCAGAAACACCAUCUGGUGCACACGGGAGAGAAGCCGCACCAGUGCGAUAUCUGCAAGAAACGUUUCUCCUCCACGUCCAAUCUGAAAACGCAUCUGCGCUUGCACAGCGGCCAGAAGCCAUACGCUUGCGAUCUCUGUCCGCAAAAGUUCACGCAGUUCGUGCAUCUGAAGCUGCACAAGCGCCUGCACACCAAUGAUCGGCCGUAUGUGUGCCAGGGCUGUGACAAAAAGUAUAUCAGCGCCUCUGGCUUGCGCACGCACUGGAAGACGACCAGCUGUAAGCCGAACAAUCUGGAGGAGGAGCUGGCAAUGGCGGCGGCAGCCACGUCCGAGUGCUUGGACAAAGAUCUGCCCGAGCCAGAUUCGCGUGAGGCCUUUGAGCAACUGCAGCAGCAUAUGCAUCCAAGUCUGCGUCACAUGGGCGGCGGUGGUGCACAAUCACCGCCACGUCUCAUUCCGCUGGGCUCGCACACACAGGGUGUGGGGGGUGGUGGUGGUCCGCAGCCACUACAUAUGCAUCAUGCACCACCGCCACCACCGCCAGGAGCAGGGCCAGCACAGCACCAGCAUCCGCAGGGUCCACCGCCACACAUGUUGCUGCAACAGCAUGGCGUGCCAGCCACGCCAUUGCUGCUAACUACAGCCAACCAGUUGCCACCACCGCCACCACAUUUGUUGCAACAACAGCAGCAGCAGCAGCAGCAACAACAACAACAGGCACCCUCCAAUCUCAAGUCACUGAAGCAGACGCUGCCAGGAUCGGAGUCCCCCUACAUGCAUGCCCCCACACAUGUGCAGGCCCAGGAGAGCCGACCCUCGGUCAUCGAAUCCUCCAACCAGCCCAUGAUCAUCGAGUGCACGUAGAGCCCAAGCCACAAACCACACUGAGAGCUCUUCUGAAACGGAAAUCAAGUGCAAUAAUUAUGUAACUUUAAUUUUAAGCGUCGCAUCUAAGCAGUCUAAGUUGGACCCCAACUCACGGACACUGGACAGAUCACACACACACACACACACACACAACCACACAUUCGUACAGACCGCACAAACACACAUAACGGUAUUAUACUACAAGUAGUUGUACAUAUAUAGAGGCAGGCGCCCGGGCCACUCAAAAAAAGCCAAUUCAAAAUUCGAAAACAAAAUCUUAAAUAAAAUUUAUUUCGCGCCAUCAAAAAAAAAAACUCCAAACAAAAAAUCAUAAAACAAAAAAACGGAAAAAAAGGAAAAGAUAAUGAAAAAGAUCUCACAAAUUAUUGGCAGCCAAUUGAAAUUGAAGAAAUUGAUAAACUGCAUAUUAUUUUUGAUAAAUAUUUUAUUGUAUUAAAGAGAGAGAGAGAGAGAGUGAAUUGAUGAAUUUUGAGUGUUGUUGUUGUUGUAUUUGUUGUGUCACGUGUUUUAAGCGUGAACAACAAAAAUGGCAUGUGGCAUGUGUUUUUAGAAACAAAACAAAAUAAAAAGCGAAACUAUUCAAAUGGAGAUGUGCAUUUACAUUUGGACGUUGAUUUGAGCCGCAGUUGCAGCUGCACUCACUCAAAUAAGACGUACACAUAGAGUGUAUGUACAUCAUAUACACUCAUUCACACACACACACACACAUACAAGUACAUGCAUAUAGACAUCAUACUAUAUACUUACAUCAUAAUUAAAUUCAAGUUGCCUUAUUUAAAUUUCGUUGAACACUGAACAGAACCAAUUGAUAAUUUUGCUUCUAAUUGCGAAUUGAGCGAUGAUUUUCACACACACACACACACACACGCACACACAGACACACCCACAUACAUGCAUACAUACAUAGAUAUAUGAAAUAAUGAAACCACUUAGCCUGUACAAUAAGAAAUACUUGCAACAUUAUGUUAAGUCAAGCAGAUGAAUUGAGAGGCACAUAUACAUACAUACAUACAUACAUACGUAUUUUAUAUAUGAAUAUAUAGUAUAUAUAUACAUAUACCGAUAUAUUUGUAUGUAUUUUAUUAUAUACAAAUGCUAUAUACUUGUGAAUUGCCAGGCAAUUUUUGUAAAUAGUACCACUGAAUAAUUCUUUUGUACCAUUCUACUACUAUACUACUUUCAAUUCAAUGUCUGAUCACAACAACAACAAUUUCGUUGCUUGAAUUAAUUAAUCGCGCUUGAUUCACUAUAGUAGGACUGUACUGUACUGUACUGUAAAGAAAUGUGUAAUUAUUUACGUAGCCAAGUAGUAGU